CGAGUAGAGAAAAGAACCAAUCCCUCCAGAGCAGCAUCUCCACGCCCUCUCGCCAAUCCGUCUUAUCAUACGUUUGCGAAACAGCGGUGGAGCUCGCAGCUCGACUUACAUCAUAUACGGGCGCCCAGUCCCUGGAGUGCAUGUCGACGUCAAGCUGUCAAAAUGUUCAAACAUAAUCUCCUGAGGCAAAUUUCAAGAGCUUCCACCACCGCAGCUCGCCCACCAACUGCUGCAACCCUCACACGGCAGACGACUCGAGGCAUCCGCAUCACACCCACUGUCAAGCGGGCAGACGAUGCUACAAAGGACAAACAUGACGAGUACUCGACUGCGGGGAAGCCAGGUGCUUUCGCCCACGAGGGAGAGUUCUCGCGAACAGAUAACACAAUUCGUGUAGAAUACCCAGAGGAGGACAACCUCCCAAGCUCUCAGCCAGUCCAAGGCCGUGGUGGUUUCCACUUCAAGAGAACCCUCGAGUCUUUCAGUUUGGAGGGCCGAACGGGAGUUGUUACUGGUGGAGCUCGUGGUCUUGGUCUCGUCAUGAGCCAGGCAUUGGUGAUCAGCGGCGCCAACAUUGCCAUUGUUGAUUUGAACAAGGAGGAAGGCGAGAAGCAAGCGAAGCUUCUCAUGGAGACCUUCAAGAAAGAGAAUCCAGGUGCGACCGACAAGGACGUCCCAAGGGUUACAGCGCACUACUGCGACGUCUCAUCACCAGACUCCGUCAACGCCGCCAUGGCGGAGAUCCUCGAAUCCCACGGCCAGGUCGACCACCUCGUCACCUCUGCCGGUUUCACGGAGAACUACGAUGCGAUCGAGUACCCGCACGAUCGUAUGCAAAAGCUGUGGGGAGUCAACGUGGAUGGCACAUACUUGUGGUCUUGCGCCGUUGCGAAGCACUUGAUGGCUCGCCAGGCCAAGGGCAGUGUUGUCAUGAUUGGCAGCAUGAGUGGUGCUAUCGUCAACGUGCCACAGCCACAAGCACCGUACAAUGCAGCGAAGGCUGCUGUGCGACACUUGGCUAGCUCGCUUGCUGUUGAGUGGGCUCAUGCUGGUAUCCGCGUGAACUGCAUUAGUCCUGGGUACAUGCUUACGGCACUCACCAAGAAGAUUCUCGACGAUAACCCGGAGCUCGCACAGAAGUGGACCAGUUUGAUUCCACAGGGUAAGAUGGGUCGUCCAGAAGAUCUCAUGGGUGCUGUGACUUUCCUGCUGUCGGACGCUGCGGGAUAUGUGACUGGUGCCGAUCUCCGUGUCGAUGGUGGCUACACUGUCACUUAAGCGACAGCUUGAUGUAUCAUACUUGCGGAGGGUGGUAUCGAAAACAAUUGCAUAGCUUGAGCAAAGCAAUAGAAGAAGGCGGAUGUGCGAUAGAGGACAGCAUGCCAGCAGGCAGGUUGCAAUAGGCGUUCGGCGUGUAGCGAUACUUGAAAUUGAGCUCUCAAACGAGCAUGUGCUCUACUAGAAAAGCUUUCUUCCAUCACACAAGACACAGCAAAGUCCCAAAGCCCG